AGCUGAGCAAAAGAAGAAGUGAAGAACAGUAAAAAUCCUACGGCCAUAAUUGUAUCUUCCUCUCCAAAACUCAGCUGAACGGUCAAAAAUACUCGUCUAGGUUCUUCAGCUUUUGCCAAGUAUACCGGACACUAAACACCGAAGACGUCAAAGGGCUUGAAGCUUCGAGCUUGGCCUCUUUCCCUCCUUCAAAAUAGGGUUUUUGGUUCUUCACACUCGUUUCCCCAACUCGCCGAUCUCCAUUAGAAUGCGCCAUGAACCGACUUAGAGGCUCAGCGAAGCUAUUCUCGCAGACUGUGCCCCAAUUAAGGAAUAAUAUGAGGCACAAAGCUCUCAGAUCAUGGACUGCUGUUCAGGACACUUAUUUUUCAACCAAGGAUGUGUUUGAGAGUCAUAAGGUGGUGUUCACAGUUGGAACUUCUGUAGCUUCAGUUGCCACAGCAUGGAUUGGAUAUACUGUACGCCAUUUACAUGACACAAGAGUUGAUACGAGGCUCGAAUCAAUUGAAAAAACUAUAAAAGAAAAACAUCAUAUCAAAGAAGCAGAAAUAAGAGAAGUUAUUGGUUCUGGAAGUAUGAGUCUUUCUUCAUGCAUAGCCACUGCGGGAACCACUUUGGUCAUCGGCUAUAUUUUGGGUUGGCGAGGUGGAAGGUGGUUUGCAAAUAAGCAGUUCAGAAAGGAGCAGAUGAAGUUGCUAGGGCACGUUAAGCCUAAAAGGUGGCAAUUGCUUAGGCAGCGGAUACAACAACCUAAAGGAUGGCAAUUCCAAUUUCUAAAAAGGCCAUUACUCAAACACCAAGCUCCGGAAAAUGUUGUCAAAACGUGUGAAAAGAUCAAGGACACUCAAACCACACAUAAAUUGCAGAAUCCUGUUAAUUUUGUUAGCAAGCAGAUGUCAUGACAGGUUCUUGGUUUACUGUGAUAGUUUCCUACUUGUUUGAGGUCGGUUCUUGUUACCUGUAAAAUGGUAUAUACCAUAGCAGAAUUUAAGUUAUCUUAUAGGAGCUGAACUAAACGAUGUCUUAUUCUGAAUCAAGAUAUUUUUGAAUAAAUCUAAUUCUUCCUAGGUAUUGCACUAGGGAAAUACACC